AUGGAUUCCCCCGCCAAACGACGAAAAACUAGCGAAUCUACAGGUAUCGCUGUGCCUCCAGAGCUCGCCCAAAAUGCGUCACGACCACCACGACCUUCCUUUCAAUCCCCUACAAGGGCCAGUCUUGCGCGAUCGCAUCCAGAUGUGUUAGAGCGCGCGCUUAGCAGAUCUCCCACCCGACGAGCGUCAAGCAAAGGGGCCGAACAGACCGACGCUCGAACCUUUGGACUCCGGGAUCGCAAAGCCCUCCGACCCUCGUUGAACGCUUCUGCAAGCCCUCUCACUCGGCCCCGAGUGCCCGAUGUGCCAGGAGGAUCCCCCAACAGGCGCCCAAGUGGCAUCCAGGCGUUCUCAAAGCCGCCUCGCAGAAGCUUGAAGAAGAUUCUUCCCGGAGAUUUUAUGUUCGAGUCUCCAAUUCCACGGUCAAAUGCUCCCGACUCGAUCACACCCGAAGGCCAAUUGGCAUUGGAAUUAGGCGACGCUACACAAGAAGCAGAUACCGAUAUGGGCUCGGGCGGUGCAAUGAUGGCCGAGGAUAUUCUUGAACCAGACCUUCCCCCUACUCCAACUCAACUCGGACUGGAAAAGGCUCCAGAUCGGCCCAGAGGGAUGAUGAGCAGCAGCCCCAGUUUACGACAAGAGAAGCGGAUUAGACGACGAAACACCGAGCCAUUGGGUGAAAGCCCUUUGAAAGCUGUGAAGUUUCGGUCCAUUACUCCCACAGAGACGGAGACAAGUUUCAACCAGGAGCUGUCUGUGACUGCGCAAAAAAAAUACAAGUCGCGCAAGAGAAGUGCUACGGAACUGCAGCGGCUUAGAGAUGAGGUUGAAGAACUGGAAAGGUGGGCAAAAGAGAUUGAGUUCAAGGAUAACCUGAAAGGCGACAGAGGACUACAUAGACUUCUAUCAUUGCUUACAGCGGAAGAGGCAAAUCUCGAGAGCCUACCGGUUCCUCGAAUAGCCCCGAAGCCAAUGUCUUCGAUUCUCGCCACUCUACUCCCAUUCUCCUCUAACAUCCGUCAAUCCAAACGACAGGCAUCACCUCUGCCAACGAAUCCGUUCGCUCUACAAGAAUCCUCUAGAGAAUUGCCAUACUUAACAGUAUUCGCACCACUGACUCUCAAAUCCCGCACAACUCGAUCAUCACAUAGAGAAGGGCCGUCAGAAACACACUCCCUGACCUUCUCCGCUCCGUCCCCAUUCCCAGCAAAUCUUUACAACACAACAGUAGUGUACGAGACGAAUCCAGAAACCCAAACCGUGGUGUCCGUGUCUGUUUCAACUGGCAGUGACAGCAAGAAAAGAAAAACGCCGGAAGCUCUCCGCCAAUGGAUUGAUACACGCCUAGAGAAUCCCCUCUUAAAGCUGGAUGUGUCAACCCUCUGCUGGGGCAUCAACCGGUACUGGGAAUGCUCAGUCACACGAGCUCGCCUGUGGGCACACAUUGACCACAAAUACGGCAACCAGGCCCUGCGUGGCAACAAAGACCCAUUACCCGAAAAUGAGAACGGGGCUAUCACCAUGUCAGAAUUACGCCGACUACUUCCUCAUCUUAAUCGGAGUACGAUGGCCAUCAAGCCCAAAUUGUCAGGCUCGGGUCCUCGUGUGCUGUUAUCUAUCACCUUGGUUUUGGAUGAUUGGACUGGAGAGCCUCAACUUCGACCUGAGAUCAGUGUCUCUUUGACAGGCGCAGAUCGGAAGAUCGACCACGAGACUAAGAAGCUGUUCCAUGCGUUGCUUCGUGAGGGUGAGGGCGAUGAUUUGGCUACGAGCGGUGUUGAUCCUGUCUUGAGAGCUACCGAGGGUGCUCUCGGUGCAUUGUUUGGUGGUCUUUGA